AUGGCUCCGUGCAGAAUGCUGAACCAGAUACCUCGGGAACUAACAGACUGGAAAAAUAAUAUGACACAUGAGGUGAAAAGACUGUUCAAAUAUGUGGGACAUUUACCGAGUCUUCUAAGCAUAACCCCAAAUGUUGCAAUCAUUCAAGCUCUACUUGGGUAUUGGGAUCCAGAAGGUUCUAUUUUUCGAUUCGGUGAAUGUGAACUAACACCAACUUUAGAAGAAAUAGAAGGAUUAUUGCAGAUACCUGGGAAAGGUUAUCCUAUGAUAUAUCCAACUAAUGGAACAACGGAACAGUUUUAUAGGUUUUUGAGAUUAAGGCAGGCUAGUAUGAACCAACAUCUAGAUGCGAGAUCGUGCCCGUUAGAGUUUCUGUAUGAACGAUUUGGAGAAAGAGGGUCCUAUGAACAGUACCGAACAGAUUUUUUUAUAAGUAAGGAGCAAUGGGUAGAGAAGCGAGUGCAAGCGUUUGGAUUAGUUUUGAUCAAUCUGUUGUUGUUCCCGCAAAAGCAUGGAAAGAUCACAUUUUUCACUAUCAAUAUGGUUCAGAGCCUAUUUUCAGGGAUUAAUGGAAUGACCCCUACCUUGGUGCCUGUAAUCAUUGCCGACAUCUUCACGGCCGCUACUGAAUGUCAAAAGAAAAGAGGUUUCUUUUAUGGGUCAAAUUUGAUACUCCAAAUGUGGGCAAUGGAGCAUCUAGCGAAGAGAACGCUCAAUCCUUUGGGAUCUUGUCUCCCCGCAGAGAAUUGGAUCGAAUCACACCGAGAAAGGGUCAAAAAGUAUUAUCGAAUUGCAUCUCCGACUCAGUUUAUUCAAGAGUUCGAUAACUUGGCACCUGAGAAAAUACAAUGGAUUUUGGAUUGGACAAAAGUUAGGGAUCCGGUUUUCACGACUACCCAACACAGUUUUAUCCCCCUAGCAGGCACCAAUGGAUUGGUCGCAUAUGUUCCGCAACGAGUCAUGAGGCAAUUUGGGUAUCCGCAAAGAAUUUCGAUGAUACAAGGGAUUGAAAAUAUCAGACUCAACACAGUUGCUGAAAGUCGGAGCAUGGUAUUGGAAGUUUGGGGAAAUCUUCUUAGUUUAGAGAGCUUGCACUUGGAUCAAGUCAACAAAUUGGAACCUAAGGUCAUUUUAGAGUAUAAUGAGUGGAUCAAACUGACAGUCGAACAAGCACGAAAGAAGUCACAGUCCGCUCCUGUCAGCCCUGAAGAGCAGAUAGACAAGCUGAAGAAAGAGCUCGAGGAUUAUCAAUUGCAACUCAUAGUGGCCGACCAUGCCCUGGAAGAUGCCCGAGCACAAUUAAAGUGGGAGACAAGAAAAACUGAAAAGUUGGAAAAAGCGCUGGAUGCAUUUGACAAAAUUCAAGAAGGAAUUCGAAAGCUUAGUAUAGGAAGAUCUAGGGAGUCUCAACGUACUAGUUUGGUAAGGCAUGAGGAUUUUGUAAAAAUGGUCAGCCGAACCAUCAAUGAAGCUGUAAAAAAUGAUUAA